AUGGCGGAUACCUCCAUAGAAUCCCUGGAACAUGAUAUCAUUAAACUCUACAGCAACUCUAGCGAAAUUUCCGACUUACAGGAAUGUCUGAAGGACUUUCAGGAAAGUGAAGAAUCAUGGGAGGUGUGUACCCGAAUGCUAGAGAGGUACUCCACUGCGAUAUCAGAUAAUAGCAUCGAAGCGGUACUUCCAUUGUUACUCUAUUCAACCAGCACUCUGAGAUAUCACGCGUACAAUGGAUUCAAACAUCAUUUAAAGCAUUGUGUUGGUGAAGAAUUACACAAACUAUGGGAUAUCUGCGAACAUAUGAUGGAGCUCCUCUCUAUCUACAGUCAUGGGCCUAGGACAAUAUCCACACAAUUAAGUUGUGUAGCUGCCACUGCGAUAAUCUUUGCCUACGAUGCUACGCUUACAGAGUCAGAAUUGUUGUUAUUAGCAGCAAUAAACAAAACCGUUGAGGGAAGCGUUGCGCAUUAUCUUCUGAUAUCUAGUGUUGUGGAAGAGUCAUUCAACGACAACAUUCUGAUAUCACUAGAGCAUAGGUCAUCAUUCAUACGGAGUUGCGCAAUGAUAUCUCCAAGAAUAUUUGAAAGGUUAUUCUCUACUUCCUAUGAUAUGUCUGUUGAAACUCUUCGGAUUAAUGCCUUGUCUGACUGGAUAAGUCUCCACUUUCGACUUUUGAGACGUUUUGGAGGGUUUAGAAUGGAACAAUCCUUUUUUGACAAAAACGAUCGUAUUUAUGAAGAUUCCUUAAUGAGCAGGCUCCCUAAAGAUGAUUGUACAUUGGUUUUUAACAGUCUAAAUGCUCUUUACGCUUUGAACAUUAUAAAGGUUAUAUUUGAUUUCAUCAAGUUUGGAAUAGCAACCAAUGAUCAUACUAUCAUAGAGCCCUCAUGUAAUGCGCUUGUACAACUAUUAGCUCUAUGUCAAAUUGAUUUACCUACUCUUUUAAUAGUUGCUACAAACAACCAACCUCCAUCAUCAAGAGGUUCUGAUGCAUGGAAGAAUUCAUGCCGUAAGGCACUUUCUAAUCUAGCUACAAUUAUAUCCACAAUGGUUAUGGAAUCUGUGGAUGCCUUUGCUGCUAUUUUGGAACCGAUUGUAAAAUGUGCUGAGAUGGAAAAAAGCAUCGGCUUCCUGCCCUAUCAGAUAAGCAAGACUCUUCUCAGUACACUUGUAAUAAUGAGUGCUGAGCAUCUGCCUUUCUCACUCUAUUUUGAUCCAGAAAGUAGACCUAAAAUCGAACAUGUGUGUAAUUUUGUAAACUUGUUUUUGUUUGGGUCAUCCUUUGAGCUUAGGGAACUUGUAUUGGAUUUUUGGGCAUCAUUUCAAAGCCAUUUCUUACCUACUCGGAGGGACAUUUCAAUUUCCAAUACAUCAAUCACUGAGAAUAUGCGUUUAACAACAAUUUCAUCCCUUAGACCCUUGUAUGAACUGUUUUUAAUAAACUUGUAUAGAAGUGUCUCUGUUAAUAAUUUUGAGAAUCAAGAUUACCUAGAGACAUACAAUGAGCUUGUUUCUGUAUCUAUGCGAGAAGCAUCCUUAUUAACUGGUCCAGAAUAUAUUUUGAAGCUUGUAAAUGACGAUCUUCCACAUUUGUCGAAGGGGACCAAUUGGAAGAUUCUUGAAAGGUCAGCCUUUUCAAUAUAUUCUGUGGCUAGCCUUUUAACUGCCGGAAGGGACAAUAUUGUUAGAAAAAUACUCCUUAUUGCAACAGAUAGUAUCAAAUUUCGGGAAAUAAUAUCAUUGGACCCAUCCAAAGCUUCUUCUGUUCAAAGGACUAUAUCCAAGCUAAUUUUAUGGACUUGUGCUUUCAUAGCUAAAGAUCAAAAGCUAUACAUUAAUACCUAUAACUUGCUAUUCAACGAGAUUAUCGCAAAUAAUUACAUGGAUAUAAUAACGGACCAGGCUAUAGUAGGUCUCUGUUACUGUAUUGAUGCUAAAAAGUCUGAAGAAGAUUUUGUAAAGAUGAUGAAGUACUUGAUAACGAGUAUUACUGAAUCUAAAAGUAUGAUUGAUCUCAGAAUCGAAAUGGUGGAAGCAAUACUAGACCUUUUGACCAGAGUUUCUGAGCCCACAAGAUCUAUCUUGUGGAAGGAGAUGUUAGACAUUUCCUCCAAUCGUAUAAAGGAUAUGCUUUUGACGGAAAUGACAGAAGAUUUCAAGCUUUUUAUUCUGAUUGUAAUGUCUCUAAAUAACUUUCAUGGAAAUUCUGGGUAUAGGCAUGAUGUAAGUAGUGAUAUAAUGAUAUUGCUAAAGAGGGUCAAUCUUUUGAGUAAUUUUUGGGAAUUUUUGGCAAAGGUAUAUGGUCAAGUUGUAUUUAUUGAUGAACCAGAUUUGGGAGCUACUAAACCGCAAAAUGAGUUUAUGAAAAAUAGAGUAUCUUUGUUGGUUUGGUUAUUCAACAAUACUAAACGCGGGGAAUUCUUUCAUUUGGGUCUCAUAAAAGUUCUGUUGGUGAAAAAAUAUGUUGUUUCAAACACGAGAUUGUUUUCACGGAUGUUUGAUUCUUUGACAUCUAUAUAUUCUGACAUUGAUGUUUUAUUAUCAAAAAACCAAAAUCUAAUGGAAGAUCACUUAGCUGACGUAUUGGAAUGCACAAGAGAAAUAUUUGGAAACUGGGAAUUUGCAAAUAAAUUACUGGAGUGGGAAGGUAUAUGUAAUUUUAUAACAUCACUAAUUUCUGCUCUUCCAAUGGAAUAUCCCGAUGUUAAUAACCUUGCAUUUUUGGUUUUAGCAAAGUUCGUUGGAUGGGCUGAUCUACCAAAGGAGCUUUAUAUGAAUACAGAUGCUGAUUUUAUUGCUGUUAUAAAGUCAUCAAAGUCCAUAGUAAGGUCUCUUUUGAAUUCAAGCAUUAAAAACUCGAAGAAUCGUACACUUAUCUAUGUCAUUAUUAACACUGUAAUUACCUGUACUAUCUCAAAACCAUGUCAAAUGGAUAGUUGGAUACCAUCUACAGCUCAAAUACUUUCUGUACUAUUAACUUGUAAUGCAACAUCGCAAAAUGCCAAUAUAUCGCUCAAGACAAUACUCACUGCCUCUUGUAAAUCUAUUUCUCCGCUUGAAAUUCGUUAUUAUUACCGCAAAAUUGUAAGUUCGGGUGGAGCACGUGAAAUCGCAUUUUUGCUACGAAGUCUUUCCGAUUAUUACAGGAGCAAAUCUGUAUCGGAGGAGCUAGAUUGA